AUGAAUGUUUUGCGGACAGUUUUUCCAUGCUUCACACCGUGUUUUGAUUGCGUGGAAGGUCCGAGUUUUGAUAGUGCGGCUUAUGCAAAAUUCAACGCUAGUUAUCAACCAACUGUUAGACUAGAUGUUGGAAGAAUGGGUAAGUAAUGAUAAUAAUAAAUAUGCCAAAAAAAUCGAUAAGAGAGCAGCAAAAAUAUUGUAUUAUAGGUAAAAACGUGGUGAUAUUAAAAGAAGGUGAGCGAAUUUGCGGAGUUGGAGCGUCAAUUGCAACUGUGCCGAUUGUUCAGAACAAGGCGUAUUUUCAUGUGACAGUGCAACAAACAGGUGAGUUAUAUACGUAUUUAUAAAAAAAGAUUAGGAUUGACAUUAUUAGGAAAAAUUAAUAAUGUCAGAAGGAUUAAAAAUGGGAGGUUUCUCCGACAGAAAUCUAUUUUUUCUUCUUAUUUUUAAUCCGAUCCUAUCCAAGAAAAAACGCAGGGAGAAAAAACCCACACACACAUACACAUACAAUAAAUCUAAAUACCGACGCUAAGAGGACACCCAACAGUAUUGACUUUUUUGUGUAUGUAGUGUGGAUAGCGACGCAUCUCAUUAUUAGCCUUCUUCUUUUUGUAGGCACUUGGGGUGUUGGUCUUGGUCAUAAACAGUCGAAUUUUGAGAAGAUUCCGAGCACAGAUCAAUUUUGGGGGAUUCGAGAAAAUGGGGAUAUUGUGAAGGAGCAAGAGGUUAUUGGGAAGAUUGAGAAACCGAUUGAAGAAGGAGAUGUUAUUGUGAGUUUUGAUCGAAAUUGGAAUGAAAUUGAGAUGGAUGAAUGAAGAUGAAGAAAAUAUUUUGAAUUCGCAAAAAGAACAUCUAAAUCAGGGCACUUUCACAUGAGAUUGGUUGAAAAUUGUUCACAUAAUUAUUAUAUCAAUAAUUUUUAUCAAGAAACAAUAGAGAAAAAAACAAUGCAAGUUGUGUUGUAAAAGAUAACCAGAAUGUGAGCUUAGCAGUUAACAUAGUUUUAAAAAAGUGGUAGAUCUGAAGGGUAAAGAUAUUGAUUGAAAGAGAACGGAUUGUUUCAAUUUUGACCACCCUUAAACUAACAUGGAAUGUUUCUCAAAAGUUCUGAAGCUAUCAAAAAAGAAAUUCUACGCAAUGUUUAUCGAAAAGCUUCAAACAAUAAUGUUUUUCAAUAUAGUUCUCUGUCAUUUUUGAUAAGCUUCACUGACAGUUUUGAAAAUAAAUAAAUUUCAAAAUCUUAUCCUGCGUCAUUUCAAAAAAUUGAAAAAGCCCAGAACUCUGAAUAAUUUCAUUUUUUCCAGGGUGUCACCUAUGACCACAUCGAGCUUCGAUUCUACAUCAAUGGAAAUCCAAUCGAAGAUGUGAUAACUGGAGUCAAAGGACCAGUCUAUCCGAUGGUUUAUGUUGAUGAUUCUGCGAUUCUUGAUAUAAAAUUCAAAAAUUUUGUGCAACCACCGCCUUCUGGAUUUAGCGAAAUUCUUGUAGAACAAACUAUUUUGUGA